AUGGGAAAUUAAACUUUGUGUGCUGGUGAAGGGAAUGAAGUUUAGGUUUAAGCAGAGAUUAAGAACAAAUAGAGGAAAGUGACCUACGUUCAACAGUUUGCCAAGUUGGAUAAUGAAUAACCAAAUAAAUAAUCAUUAAUUGCCACCCAUUCAAGCGAGAAAAUCUAAACUAACUCUCUUAAUGAUUGGCUUGAGACUCUUCAUGAAUCUGUACUAAUAAGUUAAAUUGAUCACUAAUGUUAUGAGGCAUCUACUAAAUAUUUCUCUGAAAUUGAUGAUUCCGAAGACACUGAUGAUCCUUCGACUUCCACCAUUGAUCAAAAAGAUCUUAAUGAAUAUCAGAAGAACUAUCCUUAUUGUAAUUCUAUUUUGGAUAUGAUAAUCAUCAAUUUCUAUGUCUUGUAAAAAUAUGAAUUUAAAAUGAAACUUAUUGGAGGGCCUCCAAAAUAAAGAAUGAGAUGGUCUUGUUGGUAAUUGAUGGCCUACAUUCCCAAAUGCACUAUACAAUCUGAUCAUUUAUCGUUUGUUGACGAAGAUAAAAAAUAAGUUUUUAAAAUAAAAAAAGAUACACAUAGAACUGUUUCAACUAAAGAUAUUAAAUACUUUGAAUCUGGCCAAGGUAAAUAAGACCUUGAAAAAGUAUUGAUUAAACUAUCCAAAUUAUUUCCAAAACUAGGUUAUUGUUAAGGUAUGAACUUUCUAGCGGGUUUUACUUUGAUCAUUAAUAACAAAAAUGUCACUUAGAGUCUUUAAUUCUUGGCUCAGAUGAUGAUCAAUCCGAAAUUCCUAAUUUAUUAUCUUUUUUCAGAAGAAAUUCCCCUAUUGAAAUUACUUGAAUUUAUUUGCUAAUAAGAAAUUAAAUUUAAGAUUCCUGAUCUCCAUUAACAUAUUUAUCAUAAGUUGGAGGUCUCCAAUGCAUUUUGGCUUACUAAAAUAAUAAUGACUAUGUUCUUAUACAAUUUUCAUCUCAACAAUGUAUGCAGAUUCUGGGAUUUCAUUUUAGCAACAAAUAUAUUUUAAAUAUCAACCAUCAUUUGCUCAUUUCUCGAAAUUUAUAGAAAUCAAAUAUUUCAAAUGGAUGAUUUAAAUGCUUUUAUAAUAUGGUUUGAUAAACACUAAAAUGAAGAAAUUCCUGAUAGUCAAAUGAACUAUCUAAUCUCAAAGUCUUGCAAGUAAAUUAUUAAAAAAGAAAAAAUAAACUCCUAUGCAAAUUUAUACUGCAUAGGCCAUACGAAUAAUCAUCAAUUGCAAAUUGAAAUUGCGAACGAUUACCAAAAAAUGACAGGAGUAAGAAACUUUAUUAAAAAGGACAUAUUUGAUUAAUGA